UCGGGGCCGGGCCGGCGGCCUCGGGCUCCCGGGGGAGCCCGGGCGCAGCCCCGCGACGGUCUGAGGUGCGGUUUUCAGCUGCCGCCCUGACCCUGCGGGCGACUCCACUCGUGCGCAGGAGGGGGAGGCUCGGCCACCCCUCCGCGGAGCCGCGAGUGGGCGAAUCCAGAGCCUCGGAGCAACUGUCGCAGGUUCCGGUUCCGUUGACAGCGGCGCCGGAAACCAGGCCACGGGCUGCGGGACCAGGUGAGAGCCGGCUGGCUUCCCUGCCGGGAGACGUCGGCCAGGGCCGGGAGUUGGACUGCUACAUUCUCAGAGACCCUUCGGGGAGCCGCCCCUACCUGGGGAGUGGCUCGAACUCACACGUCCCAUCCUAUUGCGACCCUGCCGAGCCGGAGGUGGGGCCUGACACAGUGGCUGCCAUGGAGCAGUGUGCAAGUGUGGAGAGAGAGGUGGACAAGGUCCUGCAGAAGUUCCUGACCUAUGGGCAGCACUGUGAGCAGAGCCUGGAGGAGCUGCUGCACUACGUGGGCCAGCUGCGGGCUGAGCUGGCCAGCGCAGCCCUCCAGGGGACCCCUCUCUCAGCCACCCUCUCCCUGGUGAUGUCUCAGUGCUGCCGGAAGAUAAAAGACACCGUGCAGAAACUGGCUUCAGACCACAAGGACAUUCACAGCAGUGUCUCCCGAGUGGGCAAAGCCAUUGACAGGAACUUUGACUCUGAGAUUUGCGGUGUAGUCUCCGACGCAGUGUGGGACUCUCGGGAGAAGCAGCAGCAGAUCCUGCAGAUGGCCAUCUUGGAGCACCUGUACCAGCAGGGCAUGCUCAGUGUUGCUGAGGAGCUGUGCCAGGAAUCAACACUGAAUGUGGAUUUGGAUUUCAAGCAGCCUUUCCUGGAGUUGAAUCGAAUCCUGGAAGCUCUGCAUGAACAAGACCUGGGGCCAGCAUUGGAAUGGGCCGUCUCCCACAGGCAGCGUCUGCUCGAGCUCAACAGCUCCCUGGAGUUCAAGCUGCACCGACUGCACUUCAUCCGCCUCCUGGCAGGUGGCCCUGAGAAGCAGCUGGAGGCCCUCAGCUACGCCCGGCACUUCCAACCCUUUGCUCGGCUUCACCAGCGGGAGAUCCAGGUGAUGAUGGGCAGUCUGGUAUACCUGCGGCUGGGCUUGGAGAAGUCACCCUACUGCCACCUCCUGGACAACAGCCAUUGGGCCGAGAUCUGUGAGACCUUUACGCGCGAUGCUUGUUCCCUGUUGGGCCUUUCUGUGGAGUCACCCCUCAGCGUCAGCUUUGCCUCUGGCUGUGUGGCGCUGCCAGUGCUGAUGAACAUUAAAGCUGUGAUCGAGCAGAGGCAGUGCACUGGGGUCUGGAGUCACAAGGAUGAGUUACCGAUUGAGAUCGAACUAGGUAUGAAGUGCUGGUACCACUCAGUGUUCGCGUGCCCCAUCCUCCGUCAGCAGACGUCGGAUUCCAACCCUCCCAUCAAGCUCAUUUGUGGCCAUGUCAUCUCCCGAGAUGCACUCAACAAGCUCAUUAACGGAGGAAAGCUGAAGUGUCCCUACUGUCCCAUGGAGCAGAACCCAGCAGAUGGGAAACGCAUCAUAUUCUGAUUCCUGCCUGGGAGGAACUUUGCUGAAAGAGGUUUUUCACCCAUGAGCCUUGGUCUGUCUCCGUGGGGGUGGUUGGCUUCUGUGGACUGUGGUUCAUUUCAGAGCAACUGGCUGAGGAGUGCCACCACAGGCAGGGGCUGGAGUGGCCCUGUGGCAGAGGCCAAGGAGGGAGAUGAAGCAGCCUACAUCCGGCAGCUGGCUCCUUGGCUCUAAGGGCAGGGAGACUCUGGCCUCUGUACUCCUGCUCUGUCUCCCCUUCAUUAUAUUUGCUGUUGGCUUAGUAGCAACUGACAGAGAAGCAAAGGACUUGGCGGGCACAGCAGAUGUCCUCCAUCCUGCCCUCAGCCAGGUCUCUUACUGCCACACCAAGGCUUGUGUCCAUUCCUCCCACUGUACAGCCUCACAACUGUAUGCAUCAAUUUCCCACUGUAAAUAGUCUGGGAUAGAACUGAAUGCCAUUGUUUUAUAACUUUGAGCAAAUAUAUUCACGGGCCUUCUCCUUA